UUGUAGGUGUCCUGACGUCAUUGCUUAAAGAACCAUCUCUGGAUCUCCACGUUGCUGGUAGAUAUAGAGCGGCUGUGAGAAUGAACUGCUGCACAUCCAGCGGGGCCUGCUAGGGGAGAGGAGAUCGCCAGCUGGUAGAUCCGUAUGUCCUGAUGAUUGUGAUUCUGCAUCCUGACCACCGAGGUCUCAGUGUACCAACACAAAGUGCUUUAUUGAAAUACGGAAGAUAUGGACAUGACGCUGCUAUGGACACUCCUUCGAUUUUUGCUCUUGCCUAUGGCCCUCCUUUCUUUUUCUUUGGCAGAAGAUGCCCUUGCCAACUCAGGCCAUGCACUGAGUGCCGCUUCCUUUCUGCAGGAUAUUCUUCACAAAUACGGUGAAAAUGAGACCCUCUCCUUGCUGCAGCUGCAAUCUCUUUUGGAGAAACUGGAGUUAGGAAAAGGAGGGGGCAACCCUAACAAUGUGUCUCAGUGUUUCAGUUCCACUGCUCUGUUCCAUGCCCACAAUUUGUCAUCGGAGUCUGUGGUAGAUGCUGAAGGUCUACAAAGCUUCUGCCCCACCAUUCUGCAGCAACUUGAAACUGGAGCUUGCCGUGGGAACGCUGUCUCUCAAAAUGAGACUGCCGAGGAAGGGAGACCCAGCCCAGCAGAGGUCUGGGGCUUUGGGCUCCUGGCCGUCACCCUGAUCAGCCUGUCCUCUCUCAUGGGUGUCUUCUUUGCCCCCUGCGUAGAGAAGCCCUUGUUCCGCCGGCUACUCAUCUAUUUCAUCGCCUUGUCCAUCGGUACCCUGCUGUCUAAUGCACUCCUGCAGUUGAUCCCUGAGGCAUUUGGUUUUAAUCCAUUGGAGGACUCCUACGUUUCCACAUCAGCAGUAUUAUUUGGUGGCUUCUAUCUCUUUUUCUUCACAGAGAAGGUUUUGAAGAUGAUAUUGAAACAGAAGCAUGAGCAUGGCCAUAGCCAUUUUACUACAGAAACCAGUAAACGUGAUGCUGAGGAGGGCGUGACAGAAAAGCUGCAGAAUGGUGACCUGGAUCACAUAAUCCCGCCACCCCUAGGCAGUGAAUCCGAUCUUCGUCCACACCUUGUGGAUGAUAAGGUUGUUGUGGGUCCUUUGGCUGUACAGGAUCUCCAAGGGCAACAGAGCUCGUGUUACUGGCUGAAAGGGAUCCGUUAUUCUGACAUUGGCACACUAGCCUGGAUGAUAACACUAAGUGAUGGACUACAUAACUUUAUAGAUGGUUUGGCUAUUGGAGCCUCGUUUACAGUAUCUGUCUUCCAAGGGAUCAGCACCUCCAUAGCCAUCCUGUGUGAGGAAUUCCCUCAUGAGCUUGGUGAUUUUGUCAUUCUGCUUAAUGCUGGGAUGAACAUUCCUCAGGCUCUGUUCUUUAACUUCCUGUCUGCGUGCUGCUGUUAUCUGGGCCUGGCCUUUGGCAUCCUUGCUGGCAGUCACUUUUCCUCUAACUGGAUAUUUGGCCUGGCAGGUGGCAUGUUUCUGUACAUAGCGCUUGCCGACAUGUUUCCUGAGAUGAAUGAAGUUAGUAAGGAAGAUGAGGAAGGAGGACGUCCCCUCACCGCAUUUCUAAUCCAGAAUGCUGGCCUACUCACUGGCUUUUCCAUCAUGUUGCUGCUGACCACCUUCUCUGGCCAGAUAAAACUGGGAUAAGAGGAAUGAGAUCUACUGAACCAUCCAACCAACCAACGUAUUUGUUCUUUAUUUUUGAGCCUAGGAUUUUUUCUUCCCUUUCUAAUGGACCAAAAGGGGAAUAUAGUGCAAUGUUUUUAUCCCCGUCCCUACCAAAUAUAUAGACCAAGGGUUGGAGAUUAAGCAGGGUGCUGCUACCUAUCCGACGAACAAACUAAUUCCAACACGUAUUCUGCAGACUGCCCAAACGUCCAUUCUUAGAGUUGUCUCUAUGAACUUAGGUGGUGAAACGAAGAAUAGAGUCCUAUUCAGACUCUGUAUACCUUGCUUAUUAAACUUUUCUUGAAGGCUCUCCCACAACCACCUUCACCAUCUUACAUUAUCUGUAAGUGGAAGAAUAAAAAAUCCAUCCCAUCCAAUUAGAGGAGAAAGCACAGUGACUGGACUGCUGACUGCACUUAGAAGCUUUAUCUUAUCAUAUUGAUAAGUAGCUAUGGUUUAAAUUCUCCUUUCAAUGGACCAAACACCCUGCCCUGAGUGGAUGAAGUUCUGCCGUAUCUACAGCCUGCCUAACAGAAGGUUACUUUGUUCAACUGCCCCAUGUAGCAAAUUGCAUCAAUCCUUUUUUUGUGCAGUCCUGACCCAUUCUGUGUUUUUCCUGAAAUAUACUUCCGUUAUUUUUAUUUUAAUAAACACAGGGACUUCUUGCUCUGCACUGAUGUACCAUGCAAACACACGUGUUAUGCUGCUGCUUCCUUCAUAUCCAAA